ACUAUUUUUUUAUCCAUAUACUAAAAGUCAAAUACAGCGUGCCAAGUCACUAAAAUUUAAGGUACUGUAUUUUAUAUCGAAUUAAUUUCUGUUAUUAAUAUUUUUAUAGGUAAGCAGACUUGGCAAGAGAUUUGUUGUACAAGCACCAAUGUCAUAGACCAGAUACCAUCUACUUCACAGGAUGUUUUAACAGAGAUGUCAGAGCAAUCUAAUAAGAAGGAAUUCGUUACUUUGCAUAAUGUUCCUUUAUCUACAACACCGUAUUUUGAGGAUGAUGUGUCAUCUAUACACGAGGUUCUGCCAUCACCAGGUAACGAACAAUUAGGUGAUGAUCCUGGCGAUUGUGACGACAGCGAUAAGGAUAAAGACUACGCCCCAGAGUCAGAAAGUUCAGAUUCUGAUAUGGUUAAUCUACAGCAACUUGCAGAUAAAAUAAAAAAGAAAAACAACAAUUCGGCGGGUCAAGUGGAAAAUGUUAUUAAAGAAAAUAGGCGAGGUCGGAAAACAGUAAAGGAAGAAACCAGGGAGAAAAGAAAGUUAAGAAAAACAAACAGAAAUUUGGGUAGGGAAUAUACUACCAGCAAGGGGAAACUUAUCAGAAAAAGAGAGAGAAGACCUUUAUGCUCUUGUAGGAAUGGAUGUUGUAGUAAAGUAGAUGAUGUUCAGUUGGACAUGCUUUUUGAUUAUUUCUGGUCAAUUGGCGACUUUGACGAGAGGGUUGCCUAUACCGCAAGUCUUAUUACGAAACAAAGAAAGAAAACAGCAAUAACGUCAGAAAGGAAGAAAAAGCGAGACUGUGUUAACGUUUUUCAUUUGAAAGUUAAUGGCGAGUUGAUUCAAGUUUGUAAAGGGUGCUUUGAAAAAACCUUCGAUAUUUCUAAUAAAUUUAUAACGACUGUAUUAUUAAAAAUGAACUCAACAGGAAUAUGUGAAAAAGAUAAAAGAGGUCGUAAAGAGCCUCCAAACAAAAUAAGUGAAAACAGUUUGCAGCUAGUAAAAGAUCACAUAGCUUCCAUUCCAACCUACGAAAGCCAUUAUUGUAGGAGGAAUUCCGAAAAAACGAUUUUUACCUUCAUUUUACACGUUGAUACGUCUUUAUGA